UGGAGGGAGUUUCGCAUGGCUUUGACCUUGAUCGCCAGUUAUUCGAGAUUUUGGUGUCGUUAGAUAUCUCCUGUCCUGUUUUUCAUCCUUCAGUGUUUGGUUUUCGGCCCUGUUCAGAAUAUUUAGGUUGUGCUUCGACUAACUGAGAUAUCUAGAUAGACAUAAUUCCUAUUUAACUAUCACUAUGUGGAUGUCACCAAGCGGUUUACGACUGAUUUCGGCCUUAAAACUGAUUCGUUGUGCCUCAACUGCUGCGGAGUCAGCUCCACGGUUAAAGACGUUCUCUAUUUACAGAUGGAAUCCAGAUAAACCUGGUGAAAAGCCAACUAUGCAAAAUUAUCAAGUUGAUCUUAAUGAUUGUGGCCCUAUGGUCUUAGAUGCCUUAAUCAAGAUAAAAAAUGAACAGGAUCCAACGUUAACAUUUCGACGUUCUUGUCGUGAAGGUAUAUGCGGUUCAUGUGCAAUGAAUAUUGGUGGUCGUAAUCAUCUCGCUUGUAUCUGGGAAAUUGAUACAGAUGUUAGUAAAACAACUAAAAUAUAUCCAUUGCCUCAUAUGUAUGUUAUUAAAGAUUUAAUACCAGAUAUGAAUAAUUUCUAUGCUCAAUAUCGUUUUAUUGAACCAUAUUUAAAGAAGAAAAAUGUUACUGAAGCAGAUAUUGGCAAGAAAACGUAUUAUCAGUCAGUUGAAGAUAGAGCUAAAUUGGAUGGAUUAUAUGAAUGUAUCCUGUGUGCAUGUUGUUCAACAUCUUGUCCAUCUUAUUGGUGGAAUGGUGAUAAGUAUUUAGGUCCUGCUGUCCUACUUCAAGCAUAUAGAUGGUUGAUUGAUUCACGUGACGAUUACACGUAUGAACGUUUAGCAGAAUUUCAGAAUAAAUGGUCACUAUAUCGUUGUCAUACUAUAAUGAAUUGUACGGAAACUUGCCCAAAAGGAUUAAAUCCUGGUUUGGCUAUUGCAGAAAUCAAGAAAAUGCUAAUCUAUUUCAAUCAAUACAAGGAUAAGAAACCGGAGACAAGAACUGUGUAAAAGAAAACAAAAACAAAUUAGCAAAAUGGAUUAUUUAGUGUUCAUCAGUUAACUUUUGUGCUUGUUUUAAUUUACUAAUUUAAACGUAACACACACACAAUUUAAAAUGAUUCAUUUUUUUAACCUAUAAAUUAUUUAACAUACAAAAAAUGUACUGUGGCAUAUAUUUUCUAGUUGUUUAAACUGCUUUAUGUUUUUCAAACACAUCAGCUUAACUGACAUCGAAGAAAAUUCCUCAUUCCCCCAGAC